AGUCGCCAGCAGAUCCCAUCAAGUCACUAUAAAUCAUGGCGCCCAACACCAAGGACAUGCGACGGCCCGACCUGAUCGUUCCGUAUCAGGAGCCCAGCGUCAAGGGCGAGGUGACCGAUUUCUCGUCUACGCUUUCGUCGACGCUGCCUAUGGCGGCCAUGUUUAUGCGAAAUAAGUUUGUUGGAUGGAUUGCCGUUGUGUUUUCCAUCCAGACUUGGCUGGGAGAGAGCGAGGAUAGCCAGAAGAGCGGUGGCACGCCGGGUUACUUUUCCGUUGGCAUGUCAGCCUUGGCUUUGGCGGUGACAUAUCUGCCUUUGUUCAUUCCUCCUCCUGGUGCGAAGACGACUCCCCCGCCUCCGGCACCGUUGCAAUAAGGGAUAUUUUGGACCAUGGGAAUUAUGAGGCUGGUAAUGGGAGAAUGAAUGAUAUUGGGGAUACUGGAAGAGACUGAUGAAAAUAUCUUGGGUUUGGCCAAUUUGAAGGUGAUUAUUUGCGAGGGCUUGUUUAAUAAUGUGGCAAUCUACGUUGAAGUAUAUAUACAAAAGAAUCUGGACAAUAAUGAGGCGACUCAUAUCUUAUGGUGUUGACGGCUACGGGCGAGGUAUAGUCGGUGUGAGGCAGCAAAUGCAUUGACUCUUUUCAAUAUAAUACACUAC